GUCAUUACCAGCGCGACGCAAGACGUCACUGCCUUGACUGGGAAGGUCAAUAGUUCCUGAGGGAGGGCGCGCACCCAUUUUUCGCCUGGGGUUGCCGGCGCGUGCUUGUGGCGUCCCAGGCGGAGCGGAGCCCGACGCUAAUCUGUGAGGUCCGUGUUUUGGCUCAGCCCUGGCGCCGACAUGCUGUCCCGUCUGGGCCGUAGGUGGCUGCGGCCGCUGCCUCUAGUGCAGCUCGGGGCCCGGGACCCGCUGCUUGCGCCAUCCUCAACGGACGGCAUUAAGAACCCUGCUCUGCCGGUGUGGGCGGUGGCGUCAGUCUCUGCAGUCGGCUCCAGCGGCCCUGGCAGCUGGUACGAGGCCCUGGCCACAUCGGCGCCGGUGCGGGGCGCGGAGGACGUGCUGCUCGGCGUGCACACAGCCACAGGUCUACCUUGGUGGGCCUGCAUCGGUCUCACCACCGUGGCCCUCCGCGGUGGGGUCACGCUACCCCUGGCUGCCUACCAACACUACAUCCUGGCCAAGGUGGAAAAUUUACAGCCAGAAAUAAAAAACAUUGCAAGGCAUCUUAACCAAGAAGUUGCAGUUCUUGCAAAUCAGUUGAGGUGGUCCAAAAGAGUUGCCAGGCUCACUUAUCUAAAGAAUAUGCGGAGGCUUGUUUCAGAGCUGUAUGUUCGGGAUAACUGCCAUCCUUUCAAAGCCACUGUAUUGGUCUGGAUUCAGUUUCCAAUGUGGAUCUUCAUGUCUGUUGCUCUCCGGAAUUUUAGCACAGGGGCAACACAUUCAGAAGCAGGGUUUUCUGUUCAGGAACAGUUAGCUACUGAUGGAAUCCUGUGGUUUCCUGACCUCACUGCACUGGAUUCUACUUGGAUCCUGCCUAUUUCCAUUGGUAUCGUCAAUUUAUUAAUAGUGGAGAUUUUUGCUCUGCAAAAAAUUGGAAUGUCUCGUUUUCAGACAUAUAUUACAUACUUUGUUCGUGUGGUAUCAGUGUUGAUGAUUCCAGUUGCUGCAACAGUACCUUCAUCGAUUGGGCUCUACUGGUUAUGCUCCAGCCUCAUGGGCCUUUCACAGAACUUGCUGCUGCGCUCUCCUAGGUUUCGUCAACUUUGCCGAAUACCGUUGACCAAGUCCGAUUCAGACACUCCUUAUAAGGACCUCUUUGCUGCCUUUUAUGCCAAGUUCAUUUCAAGAAAAUGAAUGCUUUCCAUUAAUUUUGAAACAGUUGCAAGUGUCACUAUCACAAUAUAUUUAGGUUUGGAAAUUCAGAUGUGAUUUCAUUUGGCUUUAUUUAAAACCAUGAAUUGUGUGAAGUACUGUAGGUUAAGAUAUAAUCCAAAUAUAUUUGACAAUACUUAAAAUCCUUUAAGUGCUAGAAAUGUAUGUUUAAUUAUAUCCUAAAAAUACAAAAGUAGAAUCAAAGCGCCUGGUUCUGCUUAUAAAAUUACGACUUGCUAGAGGUGCCAGAACGUUGGAAAACAGAUUAGAUACUGAAUGAUGUUGAAUUAUACUGACCAGUCUCAUACAUUAAAGUUUUAUAAAGAGAAUACAGUGAGGUGAUUCCUAAAAUUUUGGAGGUGUGGAGGAUCAUAGACCCGUUUGCACAUCUGCUAAGGCUAUGGUUUUCUUUUCAGAAAAAUCCUGGGACUCAGGACAUGGGGGCCUUUGUUGAUGAGCCUCCCUUCCCCCACCCUGAGGCUUUCUGGUAAUUCCUGGUUGAGAAAUCUUAUUCUAAUGGCACACACAAUGAUGAUGAGUUAAUGUGUGACUUUUAAAAAAUGGACUUCAGAUACAUGCAAUAGAGUAGUCCUUUCAAGAAAGUACCUAAUAUGGUAGGUGAUGUUGCCUUUCAACCCUGCUCUGAAGGAAUACAAGAAAGGUACAUUCCUUUUUCUAUAUCUUAAGAAGACUGGACUAGAGUAUAGCACUAAGUACUGCUAGAACCCAAAGUGGAAAAUACUAAGCAUUAAGUUUGUUUCGUCAAAGGAAGAAAACCUGAAGGGCAGCUAUCUAUUAUGGAGGUGAUUUUAUAAACUUCUUUAUUUGGAAGGGUUAAGUAUGCUAAUGGGUUUAGACUAUGGAAGAUGGAAAAAUUAACAGGUAAUAUAAAUUGUGGAUAUAGUUUUUUGCUUGUUUGAUUUGAAAGGAUGAUAAAACUAAUUGUGGUUGGGAAAUUUGUGAAUAAAUUUGACAGUGAUUUGAAAAGAUUAUAAAUUACAAGUUUUCAUUGGGUUGUAUGAGAAGCCCUGUAUCCUAUCUAGUGUUUUACAAUAAAACCAAAACUAAAGCAGAAUUAGUCAUUUUUUGAGUAAUAUCUAUUAAAUCUUAGCCAUUUUGGUUGUCACCUCAGCAAGAAUUUAGAGGUAGCUGUUGGGACCUGGUUCUCUUUUCCUGACUUCCCAGUGCUGGUUCGUGACUGCCCUAUUGAGGUAACUGUCUUUCUAAUCAUAGUGAAGGAGUUGAAACCUAUGUACAGUCAGUCCUCAUUAUUUGCAGACUUUGUCAGUUUGCCUACACGCUAAAAUUUAUUUGUAACCCCCAAACGAAUACAGUGCUUUUGAUGUCAUUCUUGGACAAACAGAGAGUGGCAAAAAAUUUGAGUUAUUCGAGGUACAUGUUCCCGGAUAGGUCACACAGGGCAACACUGUCGCUUACUGUUUCAGCUGUCAGCUGUGUAAUAACUAAGUGUCCUUUUCAUGGUCUAUUGCCAUGUUUUUUCUCAUUUUUGUGCUUUUUGUUGGUCAUUCCGCUAUUUAAAAUCGCUUCCAAGUGUUGUCAUGCAGAAGUGCUGUCUAGUUUUCCUUGGCACAGGAUCCUGUGAUGUUCCUUAAGGAGAAAGUAAUAUCUACAUUAAAUAAACUUCAUUCAGGCAUAAAUUACGAUGCUGUUGGCCGUGAGUUUACCAUUAAUGAAUCAGCAAUAUAUUGUAUUGUUGGGUUGACAGAAGUGUGACAGGAAGCUCACAAGAACGUAACCCUGUAAAUUCUCUAGGAGCAGUGGCUUAGUGUUGACUAAUUCAGUGUUUGUGGUAAUUUUAUAGACUAUAACUACCUCAGAUAAUAAGAAUUACCUUCCGGAACAUGUACAAUCAGGGAAGCAGAGGCAGAAAUGUGUGUGCUGGUUGUAUUAUAGCAAAAAGAGGAAAGGGAAUUUGAGAAAAAUUUUGGCUAUCUUUGGAACAAGUUGACUCUCGCCCUGUGUAUCAUUGGGUACUGAUUCGCAUAUUUUUCUCAUAAUGGGAUGAAGGAAAUCAGCCCUCUUCCCCCAUCUUACUCAAAGAAGUUUGUCACUUUCUGAAAGUAAGAAAUAAAGGAAUGCUGUGACUCCCUUUUCCAGUAGGUGAAUCUCCUUUCAGGAGUAUGCUUUACCUUGUUUACUUGGAUUCCCCUCAAUUUCUAAGUGUACAUUUAACAUCUUUUUUCAAGGGAUAGUUUACGUUAUUUCGUAUUGCUCUCCUGUUUUCAAACAUUUUGAAUUGCUUUGAAAACGUAUGUAAAUUUAUUUGAAAAUACAAGGUCCUUCUUCCCAGAUCUCAAAAUAAUUUCUGGUUGGGUUGAAGGUGGCUGGGAUCUUGGAAAAUACUCAUGAAUAAAGAAAACUGAUAAAUUAUGAACCGAGGUAAAUCAGUCACCGGACCUCAAGCUGAUAAAUAAAUAUUCCUCUCAUUUCUUUCUCCAGGCAGAUUUUUUAGUAAAUAGCAAGUCUUGUUUCCGAAAAUUCCAACUCUGUGGUCUUUGAUCUUAUUUCUCCAGCAGUUUGUUACAGUCAGGAGCACUUCCAGAGCCUAAGGUCAGGGCAGGUGGGUACUGAAUGGGAACAAGAGGACACACACACACACUGUAAAGAUCCCUUGACAACUUCCUGUUGGAUGCUUCUCUCUUCUCUGCUGCUGAGGGACUGGCAGAGCUCUGUCCUGGACCUGCAGGGUUCAGGAAAUCUUUUUUUGUUUUUUCAGAUGGAGACUAUCGUCUAUUUGUCUGUGACACCCUUCCUCCUCUCUGAAAGGGAGUCUUUUUUUUUUUUUUUUCUCCAGGUGGGCCUUAUUUUUGUCUCUAGGCCAGAUUCACUUUUUUAUGGGUGUGUCUCAGCCCAAGAGUUAGGAAAGGAGACUCACUCCUGGGUCAAUUUAUGUUAUACCAUAAUGAUACUAGAGCUCAAACGUAUGUUAGGAGAUGGAACUGGCAUAAUCAAACAACCCAAAAUCAGUUUUCCCUGGAAGCAUUGUGAGAGAAAAGCUGACCAGUCCUAUCUGGGCCAGAUGUCAUAGGUAGGAAGAUGAAGCUUAUUUAAAAGCAAAAUCCUUGAUUGCCACCUUCACACAUAACGCAGGAGAGGUUUCCCAAAACCUCUCAGAGAGCAAGCCUUUCUAAGAUACCCUUAGAAGCACUCAGGAGCUAAAAACCAAACCCUCACAUCUCAAGUGGUACAGUCAGUUCUCCUAGACCAUAGUGGGGAAAUUGUUUCUGGGGAAAGGUGGAAGAAAUUAGAGCCCAAAUAAACCUCAAUAUCUCUAUUUUGCACCUAUGCUUAAUUCAUCCAUGUGUCUUCAUAGGUUCCUCCUCUGAGGAUUCCAGAAAUCAGUUUUUAUUUAUUUAUUCAUUUAAUUUUGAGAAUCACCUUUUAAGUUGCUUCAGUACCAGAUUAAGCUCCAAAAGCAGUAGGAACUCGGAUCCUAGAAACAAAUUAAAGAAUGUUGUCUGUUUUUCCCCUGGGUGAUAAGUGAAGUUACCACACAAUGCAAAAUUUAAGAUUUCAGGUAUGACCUAUUAAUCCAUGCAAGAAUUUAGGUUCCUGUAUUAAGGCUAAAUAUGCAAAUGUGAGAUAAAACAAGACUAGUUACAACAGGCCAUCAUUAUUGACCCUUGCCUCUUUUAUGGGCUCAUUCUACCAGGACACGGAUUAUCUGGAAAUUAUAGAAAUCCAUAGAAAAUUUUCCAUCUGAACUUCACGAAUAUAGUUUAAAGUUGUAAUAACUGAUAUUUUCUAAUUAUUGUUUUUAUUCUAUUUUUAAAUACCGAAUUUUGUGAAAUCAAUAUUUAGCUUUGGGACAUUUGAAUUUGUGUGGUAAUAAAACCAUAGAUAUUUCUGAAAUUUUGGACUUCUGUACUGUGUUUCAACAAGUAAAAUAAGAAUUUAUAUAUAUUCAUAUAUAUUUUUAAUGUAUUCAUAUAUAUGAAUUUUCACCAAUGAACGUUUCAAGCAAAACCUAAAGACUGAAUGAAUUUACAUGUAUUCCUUGCUAAUCAUAUGAAAUACAAAGAUACCAGGUAUCUCUCAUAACCUUUUAAGAAAGUGAAAAACUAGUACUGGGGCAAAGCUAAUGCUAAUUGGGGGAAUCCUUUAUUUUAUUUUAUUGUUUGCCGUGUUUUGUAUUUUCAUGAUAUUGGUCAAAUUAUUUUAUGUUUGUGGAAUUCUUUUAUUGUUUAAGAUGUUUCCAUAUCCACAUAUUUUUUAAAAUUUUAAUUCCAGUAUAAUUAACGUGCAGUGUUAUAUUGGUUUCAGGCAUACAAUAUAGUGAUUCAACAAUUCUGUCCAUUUCUCAGUGCUCAUCACAACAAGUCUACUCUUACUCUAAUUGUGGGAAUCCUUUAGACCUGUAAAACUUGGUAUAAGUAAGUUGGUAUAGGGAUCUUAAUACUAUACGAUUUAUAAUAUCAUGGCUUGGAAAAAACAAAGUUAGGAAGGUUGAAGGAUCAGGAUAGUACUUAGCAAAUUUUUAAAAGAAUCACUGAAUAUAUAAAAGUACAUUGAUUUUACUACUACUAGAAAUUAAAUAAUAGGUGAAGAAUUAGCUUAUUCAGCCAGAGACUAUGCAUAUGAAUCAUAUAAUUAUGUAGUCAGUCAUUAAAAAAUGUACGUAGAUCACAUAAUUGUGAAAUAAGAUUGUUUUGCAGAUUCUGGAGACAGAGCUGUUUUGAGUAUUUUACAUCAUCUCAAAGUACAGUAGACCCUUCUCUGUCCUGGCUGGCAGCAGCCAGCCACAAGAGAAAGCCACCUUGUAAGAGCUUUGAAGUAUAACACUGCUAGAAUGCCAACAAACAAAGCAAACUGGAACCUCAUCAGAUAAGGAUGGACACUGCCACAGAGAGGGAGCAAUUUGGUGAACAAAUUUACUUGAGGAUCAUUAGUGGAAUAUAGUCUAAAAGCAAAAGAAACUCGUAGAAAAUUUUUAACUUUAUUCAGUAAUUGUAUUGCUGUUAUUAAUAUUGCAGUGUUAUUUUUUAUAACUUACUGUUAGGUAAAAUAUAUAAUGUCUGUUAGGUACCUUAGUUUUCUUUGGAUGCUGUAACAAAUUCCUUUAUGCUGCUUAUGCUACCAAGGGGAAGAUAUUAUCGAGUGUACUUGUUGGAAUUUUCUUAAAACAUUUUUAAGUGAAGCACAGUUGGCAUGCAGAUAUUAGUUUCACGAUAUUGUAACAUAGUGGAGAUAGAGCAGAUACAUUUUUUUCAUGUUUUUCUUUUAAGGUGGCUUCAGGGAUUGCCCGUGAGAAAGAAACUGGCCCCACAGAGGAUCCUCUCUCUCCACAGUUCUCCACCCCCACACUCAGAAAGCCUAGCCUUCAUAUCUGUUUCACCUAAGACCUUCUAUUAUCUCAAUUAGGAACAAUACAUAAAAGCAUUUUGAUCCUGAUUGAGUCCCAUCCAUAGGAACCACAAGGCUUGGCUGACACCAUAAGAGAAAGAAAAAGUUACUAGCUGAGAAAUGACAGCAAAAUCCCCAAGAUUCAGCUAAUUUAAGAAAGUGUGUUCAUACAGAGGCCUUGCCUAGUUCUUAGAACAGUAACUUUUUGCUUUACUUUAACUUGAACAUGAGGGAGAUAUUGACAGAACUAUCCCAAAGGAAUAGGUGCAAAGAGAAUCUUGGCCCCUUGUGUUCUACCACUGACUGCCUUCUUGACCGCCCUGUAUUUUGGUAAGUUUUACAGAGUAGCCUUACCUUUAAUUUCCUAGUCCUGUACUGCUGGUUUCUUUUAAUAAAAUGAGAACUUCUGGGUGUUUGUGAACAAAAGCAUUAAUGGAAAGACCUAAAACUAAAAGUGCUCCAAGAAAACAGCCACUCCAAGAAAACAGCCACUGAGUUAUUCUAUCUAAAGCAACAAAAAGAAAUUUCUAUCCCUAAGAGUCUCUGCUAACUCCAGAGAGCCAAGAAUUUCACGAAAAAGAGGCUUCCAGGGAAAGUGCCCAAUUUCUAUCUUUUCCAUUUUGAGAAAAUAUCACAGGUGUGCUGCUUUCUCUUUGUGUCCCUGAUAAGGCAGUUUACAUUUGUUUUGCCUUGGUUGGGAAGGCAGCACUGUAUUUAAUUUAGCUCUAAUUUUUGUCUUCUGGCUAAAUUGUUGCUCUCCAGAGAAACUUAAAAAAAAUGGAUUGUGAAAUAUACCUAACCAUA